AUGAAAGAAAAACCAAUUGGUGUUACAAUAUUCCAUGAUACAGUGGCAAAUAAUAUCUGGGCCAACUUCGGUUUAGAGAAAUACAAAAACAAUAUCUCAUUUGCACGCAGUGGACAUGAAGAUGGAGCCAAAUACGGCUGCUUAUAUUAUCCAUGCUGUGUAGCCUUUCAAAAUGGAAAGAAAAUGGACAUACCACCACCACUUGCUCGCUCUUCCAGCUUCUUCUUAUGGCUCGGCGAACUUCUAGAGGGUCCAAUUAAACAUCUGAAAUCCAAAGAACAAUUAAGAGUAGCUCUUGAGGAGCACGGACAAACCGUAUUUGGAAUUGAUUUAGAGGAGCCACCAAGGCAUCUCGGAAAACUUCAGUAUUAUUCAGUCAAUUCAUCCUUAUUUGCCAAAUUCAACAUCUCUCUUCAGAAAGGAUACUACAUCUACGAUAACAUUGAGCGUAGAAUCGAGAAAUUCGAAGGAAAACCACUCAAAACAUUACUUACAGAUCCACGUGCUGUUGAUAUCUCCUCUAAGCCAUUUUACGGUGGUUUCGUCGUUAAUACAAAGCUUGAUAAAGUCUCUGAGAUGCAAAUUGAUCUCCUUAAGAAACUUGCAGAGAAAUAUGGCGAUAAAUUCCAAUUUGGUCCAAUUGUUGGCACAAACGCCCUCUUAUUCCUUAAGGCAGGUCGUAUUGAAGGCCUUGACGCCCCAUACUUCGUCGCUUUCAAGACAUCUAAUUUAACAGAAGGCAGAUGGCUUCUUUAUCGCGAAACCGACAAUAUCAUGGAUCUUCCAACCCUCGAGAAGUUCGUACAAGACAUAAUGGCCGGAAAAUUACCAUAUACAAUCAUUUCCGAGCCAAUUCCAGAAGAUGCCAACAAUAAUCUCAAGCAUAUCGUUGGCAGCACAUUCUCUGAUGUUGUAUUCGAGGAUGGAUACGAUACCCUUGUUGCUUUCACCUCUUCUUGGUGCAAACUCUGUCCACGUCUUUUAAUUGUCCUUAGAGAACUCGCAGAACUCACAAAGGACACAAAGGCUAGAAUAUGCUUCAUGGAUGGCUCAGAAAACGAUACACCAAUGUCUGUCCCUGAGUUUUCUUCUUAUCCAACUCUUAUGCUCUUCCCAUCGGGACAUAAAGCUGAUAAGCCAUUAGUCUACAAAGGAACUUACAGAGUUAAGGACCUCUCAGAGUUCAUUGCUAACCGUGGAACAACUGGAUUCAAAUUAACACAAGAUGUUGAUUUCGAUGCACUCGAAGAGAAGAUCACAGACGAAUUCCAUAAGAACAAGCAACUUUAA